UCGACCGGAAACCAUGCAUAUCAUGUGACGUCUUGUUUUUUUCCCUUCACUUUUGCUGUAUUCAGUCUAGGUCGUUUUUGCUAGUAACUUACGCUACUAAGUCCUUCAAAUAAGUCGUCAAACGGUCUGGAUAACAUAUUGUCUACUAUGGCUGAUGAUUUGAAGAGAUAUCUAUACAAACAGUUGCAAAGUGUUGAAGGUCUCCAAGCAAUUGUAGUGACAGACAGAGAUGGUGUCCCAGUUAUCAAAGUUGCCAAUGAUAACGCCCCAGUCCACGCUCUGAGGCCUGGCUUCUUGUCCACAUUUGCUCUCGCCACGGAUCAGGGCAGCAAGCUGGGCCUCUCCAAGAACAAGAGCAUCAUAUCCUACUACAAUACUUACCAGAUUGUGCAGUUCAAUCGGCUACCGCUGGUCAUCAGCCUCAUUGCUAGCAACAAUGCUAACACAGCAAACUCACACAAUGGAAAUGUUUCCAGAGGACCCUAAAAGGCGAUGGACCAUGUUUGCUCAACACCAAUCUAUCGCGUUAGCACUGAUUAAGACGGUGGCCUCACUACUUGCUCUUGGUAUGAUGCUGCUAGUCCCACCUCACGCUACAUGAGGUAAGUUAAUCUAAGAUAUACCACUCUCUUGUUUUAUUGAAAUUAUACUACAGUUUUUUUUAUUUAUUUUUUUUUUUUAAUGGUAUUGUUGUAACUUUGUUAAAUUUAAACUGCAGAUUUGGCCCAAGUGUUGCAGAGCUUUGACUAGUUUUCUACAUGUCUGAAAAUACGUUAAUGAAAAUAGUGAACUAAAUUUCCAUCUUUACUUUAACUGACCAGAGUUUAUUUGGAUCACUUGAUUAUACUUUUGUAUAUUUUUGAUCCUGAUAGAAAUCUGCAGAGGAAUUACUGCUGCUGUGAACUACCUUGAUUUUUUAUUAUUUUGGACAUGAAUUAAGGGUGCAAUUAUAUUUGAUGAUGCCUCCUCCAUAUCUGUCACACAUUGUACCAAUACCUGCUUCAGUGGUGGCUGGUUACAUUAUCUUAAUCCGACUCAUUUUAUUUGAAAAAUGUCACCAUUAUUUCAAGAUCUUAUUUUCUUUUAUGCCACUGAUGUGACAGAAUAGCAUUGCCUUUAUAUUUUUCAUUAUUCAGUAUUUCUGCAUUUAUUUUCCUCCAUAGUUACAGUGUGGAUCAUUGGUGAGAUGUUUAUUCACCGUGCUGCCUAGAAAGCUACAGAGACCUUCAGAAGAAACCUCUGCAGGCUGGACAUGUGUGUCUGAUGUUUGACUGGUGUGAACUUUGAUGGAAAAACUUUCUCCUCUUCUUUUCCUACGCCCUCUGAGGACAGACAGCGGUGAACAUAAUCAUCCUCUGAGGUGGCAGUGACAUGUGGGAGGCCAGCCAAAUCGAUCUGGUCAGCAUGAUAGAGGACAUGCACACACUUAGACCUCUGCUCUUCCUCAUUCAUGUAACCCCACCAUUAAGUCCAGUGAGAAUUGUAUAAACCUUGUUUGACUACAUGUUUACUUUUAUAUUUUAUAGUCUGAAAUACAGUCACCAGUGUAUAAUGACUUCUAAAUUCUGUUACAUUCAGACGUUAUAGUUCACAUUUAAAUAAAUUCUAUUUGUAUUUAUGCUCCUUAAA